UUAUGAUAAAGUUUGAGUGAUAGGUGGUGAAGAAAGAUGCAAGAUGGAAAAUGGAGGAGGGGAGAAUGACCCUGUGUCACAGUUGUUCGACCAGUUCUGUCAUGCCUCAACAUGUCGUGCCAUCAUCUCAUCAUUUCAGCAGCUCUGUGACGCCGUCGGCCUCAGCCACGCAGAUCAUCGAAACUUCUAUAGGAAAUUAAGAUCUCGUAUACACACAUGGAAAGCUCACGCUCUCUGGGUAAAACUCGACAAACGUGCCAGCCAUAAAGAAUACAGACGAGGGGAGGCAUGUGCAAAUACAAAGGUUAUUAUCAUUGGAGGAGGAAUAUGUGGUCUACGUGUUGCCAUAGAAACUGCCUUAUUAGGUGCAAGGACAGUGGUAGUGGAGAAACGUGAUAGGUUCUCACGCAACAAUGUCCUUCAUCUCUGGCCGUACCUUAUCGUUGACCUGAAAAAUCUUGGUGCUAAAAAGUUUUACGGAAAGUUUUGUGCUGGGGCCAUAGAUCAUAUUAGUAUUCGACAAUUGCAGUGUAUCCUGCUGAAAGCAGCUUUAAUAGUAGGUGUUGAAAUCCACGUCAAUGUUGGUUUUGAAGAUAUAAUUGAACCUACGGCUCCCGGCCAAGGCUGGCGUGUCAAGGUCGAUCCAGAGAAUCAUCCUUUGUCCGAGUACGAGUUUGACGUCCUUAUCGGUGCUGAUGGCAAACGUAAUACGUUACAAGGUUUUAAGAGAAAGGAGUUUCGAGGGAAGCUGGCCAUUGCCAUCACUGCAAAUUUCAUCAACCGGAACACACAGGCUGAGGCUCGCGUCGAGGAAAUCAGCGGUGUGGCAUUUAUUUUCAACCAAAAGUUCUUCAAGGAUUUGAACGAGGAGUGUGGGAUAGAUUUAGAGAAUAUAGUAUAUUAUAAAGAUGAGACCCAUUACUUUGUCAUGACAGCGAAAAAACAAAGUCUUCUUGAAAAAGGAGUCUUAAAAAAGGACUACUCAGACACAGCUGUGUUACUGUCAUAUAAUAAUGUGAACCAAGAUGCCUUAGCUAACUAUGCAAAGGAGGCGGCAGAUUUCUCAACCAAACAUAUGAUGCCUCACCUGGACUUUGCUGUCAACCACUAUGGAAGGCCAGAUCUGGCUAUGUUUGACUUUACGUCUCUGUUUCAAGCCGAGAACUCUUGUAGAGUCCUUGAGAGACAAGGGAAGAAACUCUUGACCAUGUUAGUAGGGGAUAGUCUUCUUGAACCGUUCUGGCCUACAGGAUCCGGUUGUGCUCGAGGUUUUCUAGGGGCAUUUGAUGCUGCCUGGAUGAUCAAGCAGUGGUCCUCUGGCAAGAUGACCCCACUACAGGUGAUAGCCGAGAGAGAAAGUGUGUACCAAUUACUGUCUCAAACUACCCCAGAAAACCUGCGGACCAACCAUGCUCAGUUUACCUUAGAUCCAGCUUCUAGAUACACUAAUAUGAAGUCAAAGUGGUUAAAACCGAAACAAGUGAUGCACUUAUAUGACACUGGUGAUAAUACUCUCAGGGAUGAAGUCAUAGAAAUACCAGCUAAAUCACCUCAAGAUGAUGUUAUAGAUACCUAUAGUUUAUUACGCUGGUGUCAGAAGAUAUUGAACACUGGGAAAUAUCAUACAAUAAACGUCACAGACCUGUCUUCAUCAUGGAAAAGUGGACUCGCCUUCUGCGCUCUGUUACAUUUCUUCAAACCUGAGGCCAUUGAAUAUGAUAGUUUAAAUGAAGCAGAUGUAGUAAAGAACAACCAGCUUGCAUUUGACGUAGCACAGCAGGAGUUUGGUAUAAAUCCUGUAUUGACAGGGGAAGACAUGGCUAACUGUGAUAAACCUGAUAAACUUACCAUAGUCUCGUAUCUUUCCCAGUUUUAUGAUCUCUUCAAGAAACAGCGCCCACCUAGUGAUGAUUUCUUAAACAGUAGUUUCGAUGAGAAUCGUAAACACAGAUCACCCAGUCAUCGUCUCUCAAUUCUACAAAAACUUCGGUCUUCACGAGUCAGUUUGUCUAAACUGAAGAAAUCCAUAAAGAAAGAGAAGGACCUGACUGAUGAAUUCAAUCAAAACAACAACAAUAAUAACUACAGUAGAGAAAAUGUAACUAAGCUGGCGGGAGUUUUGUCCUCUAACUGGGAUCCAAAGACAAGGGACAUUACUAAUGGUAAUGUAGAGUUGACAAGGUACAGCAGACUUCCUAUUGAUAAAAUUUCAAGUCAACUAGGUCAGAGUAACGCCAAAAAUGAAAUAGUUAUACAUAAGACUCGUGAGAGCUGUCCGAAGCUACCCAUGGACGAAAUCACCAACAGACUGACCACUGAAAAACCUGACCAGCUUAAAGAUAUUAAAAUGAAAGAGGAGAUGAUGCCUGUAGUUAAAGUGAGCAAGAUGGCAGAGUUACUGGUUUCGAAAUUUAAAAAGAAUAGUGACCAACCCCCACCAGAACCUCUGUCUAGAAAAGUGAAAGGGCAGCCAAUGAUGGUAGCAGCCCAGCCGGCCAGUGAAUUCUGUUUCUUCUGCGGUAAACGUGUGUAUAUAAUGGAGCGUAUGACAGUAGAGAAUUUGUUCUUCCAUAGUCAAUGUUUUAAGUGCGAGUUUUGUCAAGUACAACUCAGGAGUAAUACGUAUUCUGUGGACAAGAAUAAUUAUGGUGACGCAUACAGAUUCUUCUGUUGUCGCCAUGCAUUACCUCAGAGUAGGUUUGGUAAGCCAGCUCGUAAACGUGUAGCUGAAGAUGCUCCAGAUGAUGUUUCCAAGAAAAACAUUCCAAGUCAACCUGCUGACCUGGGACCAACACCUACCAAAGUUUCUGCAACAUCUAGAUCUCCUUCCAAGAAAAUACCAGAGAUGCUGUCACCUGUCUCAAACCCUGAUGAUCUUGUGAGUAGUUUGAAGACACCAGAGCGUAUAGAGUUUGAGAACACGAUCGAGGGAUUACAGGAAGAGACCGAGGAGGAGCAGUGUGAGCAUAACAUGAGCAUGUCAUUAUCACGUGAUCACGGGCAACUUAGACUUAUAAGUUUAUUUAGAUUUGAUAUGGGGAAUGAAUUAUUUACAGUAGAUUAUAUGGUAAGAACAAAUUUCAGAGAGCUUUUAUCAGAAAUGGAUGUGCUGGAUUAUGAGGAAGUGACGGAACUCUUGGAUGUUUGGUCAGAAGAUGAAGAAUUCCAGGAAGCAGUAGAUCUUUACACGUCAGGCAAGCUGGAGGAAUCAAUCAGUCUAGCCAGAGAGAGUCUUAGACACUCCAGGGAAAACCUCAUCAAUACUCAACAAGAGGAUGAAGACACUGAGGUCGAAGAAUAUGAUGAGGAAUCUGACACUGAUGAUUCAGACACAGAGAUGGAGGAUGAGUCAGCUGAACCUGUUAGUUCCAAAACCGAGUCUCGUUCAGACUACCGCACAGCUGCAGAGUCCAAGUCCGAACCCCUUUUGUCCAAAAACUCAGUUUCGGAGGCGACAUCUGCUGUCAAAGGAUCAAAGUCUCAAGGUGCUUCUAGCCAGUCAAACACACAGUCUACUGUUACAAAUGGUGCAAAUUCGACCAUGGCUAAGGCUGCUCGUGCAGAUUUCUUCACUUCCCCUCCUGAACCACUUAGACUGGACCCUUUCAAGAUGUUUGGAAUGGCAAGGAAAAAUCCAGUCAAAGAGGAACCUGUUAACCAGGUUAAUGUUAGUGAAGAGAUCAAAUCUCCGGUAGUCGAGGCUGGAGAUGUUGAAUCAGAUGAGGGCACUGAUAGACAGGUUGGUUCUCAGGUGCUAGACGUAAAACCCCAGCCCAAUGAAUGUAACAACACAGAUGAUGAUCUUGACGAAGCGUUCGUUUCGGCAGAGUAUGAACCCUUGCUGGAAGAUGAUGAAAAAGUUGCUGUUAGCCGGGCAAUGGAACAGCUGCUGGUUGACAUGGAUCAUAGAUCUGAGUCAAUAAGUGAUUCUAAUGAUGAUUUAAAUGCAUCUAGUGACAAUGAUGGUGAUGAUGAUGUUUUUCAUCAGUAUCGCAAACAGAUUGCCUCCAGAGACUCUACUGGAUCAUAUUCUGAUAGUGUAAAAAGUUCAAGUAGGUCAAAGUCCAGAAAUUCUUUAUCAAGUAGUGAUAUUAAUAAAAAUGGAAGAUCAGUUUCUAAUUCAAGCUCUAGUGCGGAUAAACUUAAGAAAUCCGAGGAAGAGCUUAGAAGUUCAAAGGAAUUACUAUUGGAUAAAAAUAGAUCAUGUUCAUCAAAUGAACUGGGAUCAACAGAAAGGUCUGUUUUACGAAGUGUUCAACAAAUGAGUGAUAACUCUGGUUCUACUGGUGGUUCAGGGGAAACAACUCUGCAAGUGUUAAAGAGUGUAAGUGAGAUUAAUAACGAACAAAAGGACGAUGAUGACAUUGAGCAAUGUAUUCAAUAUAUUGAUGAUAGAUUUGUUACACGUAGAGCUCGUGGUAGCCGCAGAUCUGGUAAAUCCAAUUCAGAACUUAAAAACUCUGGUAGUUCAGACAGUUUCACUAUUUCCACACCUAGUCAAUCAUCUAGACACACCUCUUCAAGUUCUCUGUCAGAAGAGUAUGAGUACAAUAAAAACCUCCUUUCCCAAGAGAGUGAUGAUGAACGGCCCGACUCGGAUAUGUUAAGAGAUUAUCAAAUGACAGUAAGUCAGAAGUUAGAUGAUGAUGAGGAACCAAUGGACAAUGAACCAAAAGGAGAUGAAGAUUUAGAUGCAACUUUGAAUGCAGAAGAAGUUAUUGAAGCUGCACCUGUGUCACCAGCUUCAGAAUAUAUGUCUCCCAGGUCAGAGAUGGGUGAUGUUUCAGACAGAAGUGAGUAUGUUUCACCUCGCUCAGAUAGGAACAGUAGUGCAUAUGAAACACCUGAAACAAGUCUGAAUGAAAAAUCAGCAUCGGAUUUGAAACAAGUGGCGGAAAGUGUUGUUGAAAGUGAAAAUAAAAAAGUAAAUACGAAAAAAUCAAUAUUGCCAAGUUUUGUUCAAACAAAAAUCAGCCCUAAAGCAGAUACAUCUAAAAGUGUUCAAUCUGUGGAUGUUAAGAAGAAAAAAUCAGGCAGUUUAAAGCCUCAAAAGAAAAUUAAGCAGGAGGUUGAUGAAGCUGAUCCUGUGAAAAAUGCCACUAAAACAAUCAUUCGUCCUUAUAGACAUGGUAGUCGGGAAGGCUCAGUUGAGUCAAACCCUUUAGAAAAAGAUGCAUGGGGAAGCUCUAGUUCCACUAAUAGUUUGAACUCUAUAAACUCAACAGAGGCUUCUCAGAAAACGUGGCGACCUUUACCGCCUGUGCCGAUUGAAUCUCAGACCUCGCCAAAACAAUCUAAAACUGUUAAACCGGGAACAGGGAGAAAACUUCCUGAACCUGUUGUACCUAAAUCCAAAUCACCGCAAGUGUUUCAAAGUAAUUUUAUGAAAAAAGCAUACUCCUCUAAUACAGACUCUAAUGAUUCAAGUAAUAAUACACCAUCACCUAACGAGGUUCGUAAAUCUGUGAUAACGAGUCAGCCACGACCAUUACCCCCUCCACCUAUUGAAACCAAAUCUGGUGAACCAAAUAAAACUGUAAGUAAAGAUACAGAUAAGUUAAACGAAAGUAGUGGUUUAAAGACUAAAAUCACUGUGGAUUACACUAAAUUGAACUUUGAUAAAGAUAGUGCUAGUGAGAGUGAUACUAAAAAGAAACGAAUACCAGUAGCCAGUGCUCUGAAAAAGUCUUUGAAACCAAGUCUUUCAGGGAACAGUGUUGGUGAUCAGUCAGAUGAAAUUCCAUUUGCGGACGAUAGUGAAAAUGAUGUUGUUGAUGAUAAAUUCUUUACACCUGCAACUUCAAUAAAACCUAAACGAAAAGCUUUCAGAAAGGAGGGAGAGGUUUCAGAUGCAAGGAAGAGAAUUUUGCCAACCCCUCCAAAACAGUCAGAACCAGCAAUGUUAAGUCCUGAUCGUAUACGUGAUAUUAGAAAGGCUGAGAUUGAAAAGGCACGCGAGGAAGCUCGUGAGCGAGCAAGAUUAAAGAGUGACGAGGAGUUAGGGUUACAAGAUACACCUUCUGUGUCGAAAUACAAACGAACAGUUAGCACAGAAUCAUCUGUUAGUAAUUACACAAGUGCUACCGACAAAGUUUCAGAUAGUGAUGAUUUAAGAACUCCCUUACAAAAAAUCUCAGUUAGUUUUACACCUGAAAUUCCACUCUCUAAUGGUACACCAACAAAGAGUAAAGGGAAGAAAAAGAAAAAGAGCAAAAGUAGAGACAGUAGUCAAUCGUCCAUGGAAAACUUGGAGAUGGAAGUAAAGAAAGAAAAGAAGAAGCGAUCACUUUUAGCAUCCAUUUUAUCUGGUGUAAAGACACCAUCAGACAAACCAAAAGAGUUAAGAGAUCGUGAUAAGUCUUCCUCUACUGACACUUUGGAAGAUAAGUCAACAAAAAAGAAAAAGACCAAAACACCAAAGACUGAUAAAAAGAAAGAGAAAAAGAAAAGGAAGUCAGCGUCAAUGGGAGAAGAAAGUUUACUGUCUGAAAAUAUGAACCAGUUGAAGAUCGGUGCUGUGUUUUCAGAGAAAUCAGGCAAGCGUCCAGCAUUAAGAGGGAGAAUUGUUCCUCCUAAAGCAUCAGUUGAUGAUUUCACAGACUCUGAUGAUGAUUACCCCAGUAUGGGUACAAGCAUGACAUCUCUAAAUGACAGCCAAUCUCGUAGAACUAAAUCUGACCAUGGGCCUUUGUCUGAAGAAGAAUUAAAUGCAAGAAUAACCAGGAAAAUUCAACAUGCUGCUAGAAAACAACAAAAACAACAGGAGCAGAAACGCCUACGUCAAGCACAGGAAAUCCAGCGGAAACUUCAGGAAGUUGAUGUGAAACAGCGGGAGCUGGAGGAGCGUGGAGUGUCUGUCGAGAGGGCUCUGAGGGGAGAAGGUCCCGAGGGUGGUCGGUCCGAGACGGAACUUAUGCAGGAGUGGUUUAACCUGGUCCAUGACAAGAACGCUCUUGUGAGACUUGAAUCAGAGCUGAUGGUCAGUGCGAGAGAGCUUGAGUUAGAAGACAGGCAGGGUAGAUUACAGCAUCAGCUGAGAGAGAGUAUGGUUCUAGAUGGGUUAGAUUGGGACCUCGUUGAUGACGAGGUAUUUGAGGAACCAAACGAUGUAAAAUUGACCAAAUAUUGGAAGGCCAUUUGCAGAAAUGACACGCUCAAGUCUCCGCUACAGCGUGAGCGCGAGCAGAAAAUCUACAGUGAGCUGAUAGAGGUGGUAGAGGAGAGGGAUAAGUUAGUUGCUAUGUUAGAGGAGGAACGUGUCAGAGAACGAGAAGAAGAUAAAGACUUAGAGAAUGUGAUGAGGGCGAAAGGUUUCUCACUGUCUCCAACGUCAGGAUCUAAAAUACUCCGUAAAACCCAACCAGUGAAAGUUUCAUGACAUCAUAUGAUUAAACAAUAGAUUAUUUUAUAUUAUCUGUGUUAAUACUCUAAUGUAAGAAAAACCAAGACAAGGCUAUAAAUAGCAAGGCAAAUCUAUAUAUAGCUUGACAAGUUUAAAAGAGGAGACAGACCAGCCUUUUUCAUGAAUUUCCUUAAACCAGUCUGCAAAAAUCUGACCAGUCUGAAAAUAGGAAUCUGCAUACUAGUCUAGAAAUAGAUGGACCAGUCACAAAAAAGUUUAACAACUUGAGAAUAUUAAUCUAAACCAGUCUAGAAGUAAUUAGACUGAUGGAAAACCAGACCAGUGUAAAAAGAACUAUCAUACUGGUCUUGAAAUAGAUACAUGCUGACCAGAAUAGCUAAGAAUUAAUCUUAGACCAGUCUAGGUGGAAAAACCCAGACCAGUCUGAAAAAAAAAAACAAGCAUAAUGGCCUUACUAAAACUUAAAAAAAGCUCUCCUUUGGGAGGCAUUUAAAAC